GCUGCCUUCCUAGCAGAAGCUGUGGCCUUGGGAGCCUUGGAUACCAACGAUCCUCGUGACAAGAGGCAGCACAGCAUUUGGUCAAACCCAGAUAGAGAUGUCAAUCUGCCCAACGCACCAUACACGACGUUCCAGUACCUAGCUUGCCCAAGCGGUCUGGCUAAUCCACCAGUCCUCCCAGACAGGAGCAAGGCAGUCGUUGAGGUCGACCAUGAAGGAUCGUGGAAGCUGUCCAGCUCCACGGGGAUCCUCAAGCCGACUGUUAUCAUGUUCAGCAAGAGCAUCCCAAGCAGCAUCAAGAAUGCGGCUAAAGAGGCAAUCGACAGCGUAGAGUUGCAGCUGCUCUGGCAUGUCUUGGUGAGGUUUGAAGCCACAAGCCCGUCAAGUUUAGACGUCAGCGUCGAUUCGCAAGCCCUAAGAAGGGUCCUGUGCUGUUCGACAGGCCACUGGGGCUUAACAGGCUAG